GACGCUUGAGGAUCCCAGUAGCAAGCUACUAUAGAGAAACCUCCCCUUAAAAAAAUUAAUUUAAUAUCAUGUGAAUCGAUGAUUCACGUAUCAGAUAUUAAACUGAUAAGAACAGAUACUACACUUGAUCUUAGCCAAAAGGCCGAGAAAGAGAAUGAGAGGAAGAUCAAGAGUAAGAGAGAAACUAAGAUUCAUGAGGGAUGAUCAAGUGAGAGCAAAAGAUAGGUGGACAGCAUGGAACAGAGUCAAAUCCGAAUACCAGAGGCUAGAUAAGCAUUUCCAAGAAAAGAUAGAUAGCGAAUGGUGGAGGAAUAAAAGCUUUGGAGGGUUUGAUCGAGGAAUGUAUAAUCAAGCAAAAGCUUUCUUCUUUAGCAACUUUUUGGAUGACUGGAACUUUGAGCAGAAGUGGCAAACUUUUAAGAAGUAUGGAAAGGUGCUGGAGAUACACUGCCCAAAUAGAAGAGGAAAGACGAAAAAAGGUUCAGGGGUGUUCUCUUGUCACGUUCGAGCCAUGGGUGGGAAGCUUAUAUUACUAGAUAGUGAGGAUAAGGAAGAGCUACGCGAUUUAAUCAACUUGGGACAAGAUUGGUUGGGGCAGUGGUUCAAAGAAAUUAGAGAAUGGUCUCCGAGUAUGGUAGCUACAAAAAGAUUCGUGUGGUUGAAGUUCCAAGGGGUGCCUCUCAAUAGUUGGAAUUCAGUCUUCUUCGCUACUGUGGCAAAUUUAUGGGGCAAAUUCAUCACAUUGGAUGAAAAUUUCCAUAAAACACCAUGCAGUGAAGACGACGAGGAAGAGAAAGAGGGAGAGUCAUGGGCAGCAAAUAGUGACUUUGGAGAGAUACAAGGGGUAGCUAAUGUGAAAGACGUGCAGAAUGAGGAUUAUAAGGUGGCAGCAAAGGAUUGGAUUGAAGAACGGCAGUCAGUAAUUCAAAAUUUGAAACAAAUCCAUGGCAACAUAAAUGUCACUUCGAAGUCAAAUGAUGGACAAAGUAAAGGCCAACAGAUAAUCCAUAUUGAAAAAGUGAAUAGGGAGAAAUCAGUUGAGAUGGAAGUGGAUAGUUUUAAAAUAGUGAAUGAGAAUGCAGGAAAUGAGAAUGAUAGUGUAAACUCCUCUCCUGAGGAUGCACGGAUGAUUGGGGGGAGUAACGAGAUGGUGGAACAGAGCAGCAGUAACCAGAGAGUAAAGGAAAAAAUAAGGUCAAAUGAAUCAAAGGAGAAAAUACAAAAGAUACAUGAGCUGAUCAAGUAUAUGGGUCGAGGCCCAAUAGAAAAGGGCAGGACUGACAAUGCAGAAGGGGAGGCAAGCAUGGAUGGGGUCUUGUUAAUAGUUAGGAUGUCGAAGCCCAAAAAAAGUAAAGAAGAAAGUUGGGUUUCCAAUAGAUGAGUCCUACAGGGAUGAGGAAUUGAUGGAAUUUUGGAAAAGGAUGGAAAGCAAAUCAGAAAGUAUUCGAGAAUGGAUGGGAAGGAGUGAAAGGAAAAUGAAGAAGAGAAACAAGAGAAGAUCCAAGUCUUGCACAUCUGUAUACAAUAAUUCUACUGCAUUAGAAUCAAUAAUGGUGGGUUCAAAGGGAAAUGAAAAUCUACUAUGUUG